CUCGAUUCAGCAGGUAGACAAACAUGGGUGCCUACAAGUACAUCCAGGAGCUAUGGAGGAAAAAGCAGUCAGAUGUGAUGCGAUUCCUCCUCCGUGUCCGCUGUUGGCAGUAUCGCCAGCUGUCUGCCUUGCACCGAGCUCCCCGGCCCACCAGACCAGACAAAGCUCGCAGGCUGGGAUAUAAGGCCAAGCAAGGUUACGUUAUCUACCGUGUCCGUGUUCGCCGUGGUGGUCGUAAACGCCCAGUCCCGAAAGGUGCAACCUAUGGUAAACCUGUGCAUCAUGGUGUUAACCAGCUGAAGUUUGCCCGGAGUCUUCAGUCUGUAGCAGAGGAACGUGCUGGCCGUCACUGCGGGGCUCUGAGAGUCUUGAACUCGUAUUGGGUGGGUGAAGAUUCCACUUACAAGUUUUUCGAAGUGAUCCUGAUUGAUCCCUUCCAUAAGACCAUCAGGCGCAACCCUGAUACCCAAUGGAUCACCAAGCCCGUUCACAAGCACAGAGAGAUGCGUGGGCUGACAUCGGCCGGGCGGAAGAGUCGUGGUCUUGGCAAGGGCCACAAAUUCCACCACACCAUUGGUGGCUCACGUCGUGCUGCCUGGAGAAGACGCAAUACCCUGCAGCUGCACCGUUACCGUUAAUUCCUGUAAAUGUAACGAUCUAAUAAAGCUGAUGCGGGUUGUCGGGGUCUCUGUCCUGUGCUUAGACGGAAGGCCAGCUUUGAUCUUGUGCAAUGAGAU